GACGUACUUGUACCUUUCUUCUCCUCAGCGCUGACACGCCCGCAACCACCCAACGAACCUCCUCCUCUACUCACUUACCAACCCACUGCCAACAUGGCCGCCCAAGAGCUCCCUAAAACAAUGAAGACCCUCCUCCAAGCCUCCCGCAAGACAACCGAAGUCAUCUCCACCACCGCCCCGGUUCCCACCCCGACGCACCCAGACGACGUCCUCGUGCGCGUGCACGCCACGGCGCCCUGCGCGGGCGAGCUCCUCUGGGCUAUCAACUUCCCCGAUUCGAUCCCCGCCGACAAGGAGAUGGUCCCCUGCCAAGACAUGGCCGGCAGGGUGGUCAGCGCCCCGGCCAACAGCGGCUUCGCCGCCGGCGACAGGGUCUACUGCCGGAUCAGCGCCGAGAGGGCCGGCGCGGCACGGGACUAUGCCCUGCCGCGCGCCAGCGAGCUGGCCAAGAUCCCCGAGGGCCUGGGUUGGAUCGAGGCGGCAGCGACGCCGUUGAGCGCCCUGACGGCGUGGCAGGCCCUGUUCGUCCAGGGGACGCUGGAUGCCGCGUCAGUGAAGGGGAAUGCGGCCGCGCGAGAGAAGAACGGCAAGGUCAGGGUGCUGGUGACGGGUGCGGCGGGCGGCGUGGGCAGCUGGGCCGUGCAGCUUGCUGCGCUAGCUGGGGCCAAGGCGGUCGUGGCGGUGUGCGGGCCCGGCAAGGAGGAGGCCGCGAGGAAGCUGGGCGCGACGGAGGUUGUCAACUACGCCGAGACGUCGAUUGAGGACUGGGUGGCCGCCGACCCGGCAGCGCGCGAAUGUGAUCUCAUCGUCGAGAUGGUCGGCGGCAAGACGCUGGAGGGAUGCUGGGCCGCUGUGCGCGAGGGAGGAGCCAUGAUUACUAUCAAUACGCCUCCCGAGUAUGGCAAACCUGCGGGGCUGAAGAAGGAGCUUUCCAAGGCCUUGUUCUUCAUUGUCGAGCCGCUGGGGAGCAAUCUGGCCGAGAUUGGAGACCUGAUCGUGGCCGGCAAGGUGCGGCCGACGGUCGACAGCGUGUGGGAGUUUGCCGAUUACAAGAAGGCUUUCAAGAGGCUCGAGUCCGGACACGCGAACGGGAAGAUCAUCAUCAAGGUCAGCGAUGAGGCUUGAAGGAUGAGUUGUGAGAACAUGCCGAAGUAAAACAGUAAU